UCGAGCUGAGCGCGUCUCUGAAAGCGUAUAGAGAAGAUGAGGCACAGCCCUCCCGGAGGGAAUGUUUAUACGUGAUAGAGGAGCAGUUUAUUUGUCUGAUGAAAAUGGAUGGAAAUACAUAAGACCCUUCUUCAGUCCUGUGAUUAAUAAUCAGAAUAACGGUGCGUGUUUCAAUGAGUGUGUCCUAAUCGUCGUCCUACUGAAACAGAUAUACAGUCCCGUUCUAUGGGAAUGAUCGAAGAUGGAAGACAAAAGCCUUCGUGUAGCAGACUACUUUGUGGUGGCAGGACUCACCAACUCAUCUAAGCCCCUCGAGGAAGAUGUCCACCCUGAGGAUGGUGGUCAUCGGAGCUCAGCCCAGCUCAAGGCACCCAUCACUGAUGUGGCGGUGAUGAUUCGCUCCCUAGGGGAGGAAGUACCUCGAGGGUAUACCUGCGUUGAAUGCACCCCCUCUGGACUUCCUGCCGAACUAAAUGGAGGAAGCCUCAUGGGGCCGCAGAUCUUCCUCUGCUAUAAGAGAGGCAGAGACAAACCGCCGCUCACAGACCUGGGUGUCCUCUUUGAGUGGAAGGAGAAACUGAAGCCGGACUGUCAAAUUAUACAGACCACGCCCUCUGGUCGCCCUGCUAAUAUCAGUAGCUCCUCUUCCCAAAGGAUCUACAUCACAUAUCGGCGUGCCUCUGAGAAUCACUCUCACACCACGCUGGCUGUCACAGACAUCUGUGUCAUUGUUCCCGGCAAGGGAGAGACACCACCACAUGCUUUCUGCAAGGUGGACAAGAAUCUCAACAGCAGUAUGUGGGGGUCCUCUGUGUACUUGUGCUACAAAAAAUCUUUGGCCAAAACCAACACACUUGCAUUCAAAGCAGGUCUUUUGUCCAGAUACCCAGAGGAGGAUUAUGAAUCCUUUCCUUUGCCUGAAUCCGUGCCCCUGUUUUGCCUGCCGAUGGGAGCGUCCAUUGAGUGCUGGCCUUCUCAUACCAAAUAUUCUCUACCUGUCUUUUCAACAUUCGUUCUCACAGGCGCCUCUGGAGAGAAGGUUUAUGGUGCCGCCAUCCAGUUCUAUGAGCCCUACCCGGAAGAACAUUUGACUGACAAGCAGCGAUCUCAGCUGGGCCUGCAGGCUAACGGGCUCAGGCCUGAUGGAUCGAUGACUGUCCACACCAACAAAAGCAUCUGCCUUCUCUCUCACUGGCCCUUUUUUGAUGCUUUCCAUAACUUCCUGACCUUCCUCUACAGAUACUCCAUCUCAGGUCCACACACUCUGCCCAUCGAGAAGCAUAUUUCCCAUUUCAUGCACAAGGUUCCUUUCCCUUCCUCACAAAGGCCACGUAUCCUGGUGCAGGUGAGUUUUGUGCACAUGGUGUCUUUGUUUGAACACUGUCCUUCUUGAAUUGGCGGAAGGAUCUCUACACUGCUGUUGAACCUCGGCCCAAAAAAUGCAGUGACUCUGCUGGUGUUGGCUGUGACUGAACACAAGAUCCUAGUGCACUCCUUACGUCCAGCCGUUCUUACCAGCGUUACCGAGGCCCUGGUGUCGAUGAUUUUUCCCUUCCACUGGCCAUGCCCGUACAUUCCUCUCUGCCCGCUGGCCCUGGCAGAUGUACUCAGUGCUCCAUGCCCUUUCAUUGUAGGGGUGGACUCACGGUACUUUGACCUCUAUGAGCCACCGACGGACAUAAGCUGUGUGGACCUGGACACCAACACUAUAACUCACAAAGAAGAGCGCAGAUCCCUGACCUGGAAGAUCCUGCCAAGAAAAGCCUGUAAACGUCUGAUCAACACCCUCAGCAAUCUCCACCAGCAACUGGAUGAGGGUUAUCAGAUGAGCCGCGAGGAAGGACAGAUGGAGGCCUUUAUGAGCGAGCGGGAACCUGGCAGUGGUGGGAAGAGUCUGGAAACCUUGGAGCUGGAGAUCCAGGAGGCUUUUCUGCGCUUCAUGGCGGCCAUCUUGAAGGGCUACCGUUCAUACCUGUUGCCCAUCACACAGGCACCAUCUGAGAAAGCAACUGACGCCAGUUCACUCUUCGAUCUGCAAGGCUUUUUGAAGAGUCGUGAUCGAUCCCAUCAAAAGUUUUACUCCCUCAUGACCAAGACACAGAUGUUCAUUCGUUUCAUCGAAGAGUGCUCUUUUGUCAGCGAUAAGGAUGCAAGCCUUGCUUUCUUUGAUGACUGCGUUGACAAGUUGUUCGGUACGGAGAAAGGAGAGAAGGUGGACAGCGAAAAGCCAGAAGACACAAGGCUUAUUGAACUUGACAAAUCCUACCGCAGCGAGCACACGGUCUACAUCACACCUCCGGAGCUGCCAGCACUUCCAGAAGGAGAAGAGGCUCCUAUGGUUUAUAGCUACAGUGGGUUCCCGGUACUGAACGCCCAACUCUGUGAGCUUCAGGAUGGUCCCAGAGUCCCCAAAGCAACAUCAGCCAUGAGACACAUCAGUCCCAUCAGCCCAGCUGCCAUUUUCAGGCGCUCCCAACAGGAGAUCAAAUCAGCCCAGAGAAUGGCUAAGACAUACUCCUCCAUCCCACAGAUGUGGUCCAAGUGUCUGCUCAGGCAUUGUCACGGCCUGUGGUUCAUCUGCCUGCCCUCGUAUGUCAGCGCCUGCCACUCUAAAGUGCGGGCACUGCAUACUGCUUACGACGUGCUGCGAAACAUGCAGGACAAAAAGUUGCAGCCUCCUGAUGAGGUGUGUUACCGGGUCCUGAUGCAGCUGUGUGGGCAGUAUGGACAGCCUGUUCUUGCCGUCCGGGUUCUUUUUGAAAUGAAGAAAGCCGGAGUGCAGCCAAAUGCCAUUACCUAUGGGUACUACAACAGGGCUGUUCUGGAGAGCACAUGGCCUUCCUCCACCAGAGGGGGAUACUUCCUGUGGGGAAAGCUGAGAAAUGUGGUUCAGGGUGUGGUGCGGUUCAAACAAGUAUGGAGGAAGCAGACCACCCACCCGAAGGACACCCAUCUUUCUGAUGCCAGUGAUCUCGACAGUGUCAGCCAUGGCAGUCUGGACAGCUCUAACGAUUCGGCGGAGCGAGUUUCCAUUGAUACAGACUUCACUAAAAUGGAUUCCAGUGAUGACAGAUCCAGCACAGGUGGUCAGUCUGAUCAGGGCUAUGAUUCUCUGUCUAAAGAGGAGGUGAGGUUAGGAGGAGGUGAGGAGCAGAACUCUCCAGACAUGAAGGAGAAGAAGGACAACUCUUGCCCAUUAUCCCAGACUGUACUCUCAAAGAAAGAGGAUUCAUCUCUUGUGGUUGGGAUCCAUCCAUCUGCAACCAAUGAAGAAACCAGUAAUGUCUUUUCUGAAGUCCUUCCAAAGACAAAAAGGCCAAACUCCCUGGAUAUUUUCGGAGACAAGCCCGUAAGGCCAAGCACAGUAAGAGAACUCAGUAAUGAAUCUGUUCCAACAUUGAUAGAAACGGAAGCAGUGUGGGGCAUUGUGAGCCCACCUAAAGUUGCCGUGGAGAGGACUGCUAGCUGCACGGUUACCAUGGAGAAGAGAGUUGCCAUGGAGAGGGAGCAUAUCAGCGUGGAGAGGAGUGUGAGCUGCAGCAGUGCUCUUGGGCAAGUGGUUAAGAGGACCGGUAUCGAAGCAGGUUUUGAUCCUCUGUCCCUCAUGGCGGCUGAGACUCAAGCCCACAGUGAGGGCGAUAAUGCAGACACCCCAACCGCCCAUCGAGACCUGGCUGAAGAGAUUCAUCACUACAUGAACAACCUGAGCAGCCCGUUAAGCCAGCGGUCUCUCAGUGUGGACCUGAAGGGGCGUCAGACCCCAUCCCCUCACAGCUCUCCCCGCAUGUCCGCAGCGCUCAGCUCCCCCAGCACCUCCCAACUCCAGCCUCAGCCACGAACAAGACUCUUCUCGUCGCCCUCCCUCCCUCAGGGCCGUGUGCGCAGGGUCAGGGAACAGCGGCCCACCUCUCUGGCCUCACCUUCCUCACCUAUUCCCUCCUCUUCUUUCUCCAUGGACUCCUUGCUCACCCCGACCCUGGACGUGUUCAAGAGCAGCUUUCUCUCUGCUGGGAAGGGCGUCGCUGAGAAAGCCAGCCGACUGUAUUCGCGACUUUCCUCUCAGUCGUCCAUUGCACAGGACUUAAAUUCUGACCGGGUCAGUGUGUCCUCUCUGGGGUCAGGUGACCCUGAUUGCUCCUCUCUGAUUGAGAGUGAUUCCUGUGUAGACCCCGAUGGGCUCACUUCCCCACAACGGGAUACCACUCAGCCUGUCACAUGUCCCAAAAGGAGCCCUUACAGGAGCAGCCACUGCCUAGAAAGCCCAUCUGCACCACGUCGACUUUACCGCCAGUCCUCGCUAACUGGUCCAUCGUUGUCAGUAAUGAAAGCUCUGCAGACCCCAGACGCGUGUUCUGAUUCCAGCCUUUCUCAAUCCAUGCAGAACUACGCUGUUGAAGUACGUAUGUCCAGUUGUUCGCGCUGUAACACCUGUGAGAGUUUGGUGUAUGAUGAAGAGAUCAUGGCUGGUUGGACAGCUGACGAUUCUAACCUCAAUAGCACGUGCCCCUUUUGCGGCUCUCCGUUUCUGCCUCUGCUCAAUGUGGACAUCAGAAACCUGGGUGACCAGGAAAGAUCUCCCUCUCAAGAUGCACAUACUUGCCAGACAGACACCACAGAUGAACUACCACAAGUUUAUGACGCCACUGGCAAUCUAUCCAGCAAUGGCAAAAAAGGCCCUGAGCCAGUUACCAUGCCCUACCUGAGUCCUCUGGUGCUUUGGAAGGAACUGGAAAGCUUGCUGGUGAACGAGGGCGACCAGGCCAUCUCGUCUGCAGCCAUUGUGGAUCACCACCCUAUUGUGUUCUGGAAUCUGGUGUGGUUUUUCCGUAGGCUGGACCUGCCCAGCAGCCUGCCGGGCCUCUAUUUGAGCUCCAAACACUACUGCAGAGAUUCUCAGCCUCUGCAAAGUUGUGCAUCAGAGGACAGUAAAAAUGUCUUGGUCCAGAUCCUGUGGGACAAUCCCAGACUGCAUCAGGACCACAUCAAGCCUUGCUACUUGCUCUGGAAAUCAUAUUGUGCAAAUCCUGCAGCAUCUGAGGAGGAGGAGCAGGCUGUGAGCUUAGAGCUGCUGCAGAGUGUCGUGAAGAGCAUCCAGAGGAACGAUAUCUACCAGCCCAUGAGUCAGAUACUGCAGCUACUGGGCACCAAACUGGGCUUCGUCAGACAACGGAGCUUAUAUAGAGAUAUCCUGUUCCUGUCUUUGGUGGCUUUGGGCAAGAAUAGCAUAAAUAUCGAUGCAUUCGACCGUGAAUACAAAAUGGCAUAUGACCGUUUGACGCCAAGCCAGGUUAAGAUGACCCACAAUUGUGACCGGCCACCCAGUGCUGGAGUCAUGGAAUGCAGGAGAACCUUUGGGCUGCCCAGUCUCUGAUUCACCUCCUCUCAUUCCUCCCUCUUUCCUCACAUCCAUCACACAGGAAGUCUCAUCCAAAGAAGCAACACUUUCAUUCAUGUGAUCCUGAACAUUCAUCGUAACCAAAGCUACCUCUGGCUCCCAUGAGGUCUCUUUCAAAUCAAAUGCUGUCUGUUAUGUGACUGUUCUUCUUCAUACACUUCCUGUGAAUACGCCACUUUAUAAAGUCCGUGAUCAUGUCUUUUUCUUGCAUUUCUCCCUCAAUUUUGCUCUUCCAUCUGCCUAAUGUCUUGACCCUCAACCCCUUUCGGAUACUUGGAGUCACAUUUGAAUCAUCUAGCACCACUCAGGUUCAGUAAACUUGAGUAUAGAGGUUAUUGUAGAUUAGGAGCAAUACCAUUGUGCUCAGGUCAUUCCAUCGCUCCAUUCGUUCACGUCCAGUGAAUCGUGGAGUGGAUUCGGGACCAGUAGCUAUAGAACAAUCAAAUCGAUCACGUUUAGGAUGCGUAGAAGCACAACGAGCAACCCUGACAAACACAGUCCGCUUUUGGCCUUCUAGGGGCACUUGUAUAUUUCACGUACAGAGAGACUUUGUGUACAUAGUCUUAUUAUUUUGCAUAUUUGUAUUAUACAGUUACAUUUUAAGACUGGAAUUUGUUAUAACUGAUGUGUCUCCAUUUGUAAAGACUAUGCUGUUCGUAGUGUAUAGGUUUCUCUUUUGAGCGUGUGCUGUUUGUCGUCCUGGUCCUGGAGACCAGUCGUAUGGUGACCGUCAGUGACACUGUCGUCUUGAGGUACAGAACUGGACCAAAUAUAAAAUCUUGACUCACAGGUGAUAAAUAUAUUUGAUCAGAUUUUGAACUGAGAAAUUCCUUACCUUGGGGCGAAGAACAGUACGGAGACAAAUUUACAACAGGGUAUAAAGAGUAAUAUAGUGAGUAUAAAAUAAAAUGGACUGUUAAUGUGAAUGUGAAGUCAGCAUUUUACACCCACUUACAUAAUCCAGUAUGUUUGCCAUGAAGGUACAUAAUUAUUUAUAUAUAUAUAUAUAUAUAUUUAUUUUAUUUUAUUUUUUUUAAACAUUGCUUUAUAUUGUGCAGUGUUGCAUAAACAUGGGUUUCAUUUGUCGAGAUGCAUAAAACAAAAGUAUCUGAAGCAUGCAAGCACUUAUUUACUCAGUUCAAACUCUUUACAAAUUAAACAUGCGGUAACUGGAUCCGUUAUAUUUUAAUACUGUUAAUUUUUUAUCAUUAUGUUAAUGAAGAUGCACUUUGAGUGUGUGUGGUUGGGAAGAGGAUUACUAAAGUUUAAAUGUUUAAAAUGCAAUGGAUUAUGGAAAAGAUAAUAAUACAUGUAAUUAUACACAAUGACACAUUGAUGUUAAUGCCCCAAGUGGAAAAAAAACAGAUAAUACUGCCCUAAACAUUUUGGGAUGAAAAAAAACUAUUGACCUGAUGCUGUGUAAAACUACAAAAAAUGCAGUUUUCACUGCUGUUAAUAUUUAGCAGUUUUUCUAUCACCUGCUUUUUACAUCCAUAUGGUAGUGAAACAAACUGACCUAUUUCAUGGAAAUGGUUUAUUUAAAGCGGUUAAUGUGUAAGGUGAUUCAUUUUGGGUUUUUUUUGUUCGUUUUUUUUAACAAAUCAUUUUGUUA